UGGCCCUGCAGCACCAUGAAAUCAGGCCUCCUCCUCCUGGGGCUCCUCGCCCUCUGGGCUGACCUGACACCUGCCUCUGGGCAGCUCCGUGACAUUUGCCAACUCCCGCCUGAGACGGGCCCUUGCAAGGGACAGAUCCCGCGCUUCUUCUACAACCCGGCCUCCAGGACGUGCGAAAGGUUCAUCUACGGCGGCUGCCGGGGCAACGGGAACAACUUUAGAACUCUCCUGGAGUGCCAGCAGGCCUGCAUGAAACGCGAGAAACCCGGGUUCUGUCGCGUGUUCCCCCCAGACACCAUGGGGAUCUGUGCUCUGCUCUGCUUCAGUGAUGACGACUGUGCUGGAGCAGAAAAGUGCUGCAGUAAUGGGUGUGGCCNUGUUCAGGAUGCACUGUCAGAAUUGUGUAGCUGCAGUGCAAGAGGCAAAAGGAGGCGUCUCAUGAACAAUGGAGACAAUUGGAAAAGCCUAUGGGGAGGUUUUCAAAGGCGACAGGAAAGCUGCAACUGGAAAUAG